UGUAGGGCGGCUGCCAGCCCGCCGGUCAGCCGCCAGGUCGCGCCGGAGCGAGAAGAUGGCGGACGUGGCCGUAGGCAAGGAUAAAUGCGGGGAGCAGCGGCUUGUCUCGCUGCCCUUGUCCCGUAUCCGGGUCAUCAUGAAGAGUUCCCCCGAAGUGUCCAGCAUCAACCAAGAGGCGCUGGUGCUCACGGCCAAGGCCACGGAGCUCUUUGUUCAGUAUCUAGCCACCUAUUCCUACAGACAUGGCAGUGGAAAAGAAAGGAAAGCACUGACUUACAGUGAUUUAGCAAACACUGCAGAGGAAUCAGAAACUUUUCAGUUUCUUGCAGAUAUAUUACCAAAGAAGAUUUUAGCUAGUAAGUACCUGAAAAUGCUUAAGGAGAAGAGGGAAGAUGAUGAGGCGAAUGAUGGUGAGGAAAGUGAUGAUGAUGAAGCCGAGUCCUAAACCACAAAAGAAUCAGCCUUCGAGGAUGUGUGUGGAGAAGCAGCGUUCAUCUGAAGCAAGCAUGGCCCUCCCUUCACUUUGGCAGCAGCUCCAGCAUACUGCCUGCUUUUCUGGCAUCUCUGUACCACCCUGUGAUGAGCUGCAGGGACAGUGACGCCAAUGACAUCCUUUGACAAGGCCCAUCGCAGCUGGAGGUCCUCAGGAGCGAAUCCUGCCCAUGGCAUCACAGCUAACCCGCGCACUGAGCUGGAUGGGCAGAGACUAUUGUGCAUCCCUUUGGAACCUGCAGACAGACUCUGAAGAGCUUCUGAAUCUUGGGCAAAUUUAUACGUAUAUUCUGAAAUUAUUAUUUGUGAACAGCUAUAUAUUUAGUUUUAAAUAUAUAGUUUAUAAGUAGUACAUUAUCUUUGAAUUUUUGUAUUUAAACAGUUUGACAGUUUGUUAAAAAAUUUUUUACUGUAAAGAUGUAUACUUUCAUUUUCACAAUAAAAUGCUUUAUGGAA